AUGUGCUCUUCGUAUGCAGCGCUGACGCAGAUCAUUGUGAGCGGCCGGCUGGCCCCCCUCCGUGAUAGCGAGGACGACCUGGUAACACAGUACUGCAGAACCCCCCAGUACGGCCUGUGUGGAGGUCUGGCUUGCGUGAUAGAAGAUAAGGAGAACUACCGCCAGGACACUGUCCCUUCGGGCCAAACUAUGCUUCAACUUCAAAGUAGUAAAAUGUCGGCGGCGCGCCAUACGAAAUACGGUUCUAAGGCAGCGUCCUGUCGGGUACAAGGCAGCAUAGCUCGCGACAGCCAUCUCAAUCUCGACCGCAGAACGAGGCACGCGAACGCACCCUCAACAAGUCUCCAGCUCGCGCGCACGAUGGAAAGCCCCUCAACACCUGUUAGUGCUACGGAGAAGCGCAAGCCGGCCGCACACGCGGACAAGUAG